AUGUUCCUUAAUCUUUGGCAACAUUCAACAAUGCACGCCUUCUUUGCCAUGGCCGGAGUGGCGGGCGUCCUCACUCGAUGCAAGUUCCAGAUUCCCGUGGGACUAGAUCACCUCCUGUUCUCUCUGGCACUUUUCAAUGAAGGGCUGCUGUUCUAUACCCAUUCAAGCCGGAUGUCUGCUCUGGAUAAAUACAUCCACUACAUCCUGUUAAUUCCCAUAUUGAGCGGGGCUGUCUGCAGUUUGUUUGAAGUGUGGUUCAGAAACAACCCAAUCCUGGAACUGUUCAGGACUUCCAUGUUCAUAACCCAGGGAACUUGGCUUUGGCAGAUUGCGUUCCUGCUAUGGGGUACCUCCAGCUGGGACCACAAUGACCCAGAGACCUACGUAUUUAUGGCCAUAUGCUACUCUUGGCAUUACGGAAGUGUCAUUCUCUUCCUCGCCUUUACCUAUGGCAUUGUCUACUGGGUACUUUGGAUACUGAAAGGAAACUGUGGAGAAGGAAUGGAAAUGCAGAAGUUCAUCCAAGCAGACACAAAGACCUACACUGCUCUUUUGAAUGGAUCUGAUGAAGAAUGAAUAUCUUUCCUUCCCUUAGUUUAAUAAAGUUUUUGAUUAAACAAUGGGAAAAGAUACAUGAUAAAUAGCUGCUUUGAAUCCCCUUCGGGAUUGAGAUAAAGUGGGGUAAAAAUACAGUAAAUGAGCAAAUAAAUAAAUAAAGGACGAUUAUAUUUAUUUUCAAUGCACUUAAAAGCAUACGAAAGGUAAAUAUAAAAAUAUACUUCAAUGUAUAUAAGUAUUAAAACAAACUAAUUGAAUUACAAUGUAAAGAAAUAAAUAAAAAUUAAGGAUG